AUGCCGUUAGCAGGCGACUGCCCCGCUCCAGGUUUAGCACGACAAGAGGUUAAUGGCCAUGUGCCAAUUGGGUCGGUUCAUAUCCUUGUACAUGGAUUAUCAUCUAGGCUGACCAGGCUUGCCAACUUCCGCUUUCAAGAGCGGUCCUUGACUUACAGCGAUGGUGUUGAACCACCACACACCUGGAAGGCGGUUUCAGCGUAUGGCACGCGGUCGGCGGAGCUCCUCACGGCUGUCGCACGGCUGGAGGCCACCAAGCGGCUCACCGUCCGGGCCCUAUGGUCGUACGACGAGGCGCGUGUGCGGGGUUGGCUGCAGAAGGAGCGCAAGGCGGCGGUGACUGUGCUGGGUGCCGUGGUCCCCCGGGGUGAGAGGGGGGAAGCCGCUGUCGGCAGUAGUCACCUGUACGACCUGAUUCGGGAGGCGGUGGAGGACCUCUUGGAAGAGCAGCCGCCGGGGGGGAAUCGGGAGCGGUACAGCCUGAUCUCCUGUUUUCGUGAGCUACCGAGUGUGACGCGGCAGUACGACAGGCAGUACGACCGCCAGCGCAGCGGCGGUGUUGGCGGCGGCGGCGGCGGCAUCUCGUCGACGUCGUCUUCCCCCCCCGCCCCCAUCCUGGAGCUCCCCCCGGAGGUCCUGGAGGGCAUCAUGUCCAGGUUGGGGCCUCUAGACCUGGCGCGGCUGCGGGCCACCUGUACGGCACUGGCGGAUGCUGGCGCCGCGGGGGGUGCGGUGCCGGGAGUGCGGUUGACGCUGUUCCCGCACCAGGGCCUUGGUAAGACCAUCACGGCCCUGUCCCUGGUGCUCAAGACCCUGGGCCAGCUGCCCGCCCCGCCCCCCGGGGCCCACGUGGAGUGGCUGCCCAGCCGGGAGGGCAGGAGGGUGGGGGUCUACAACAGGGCCGACGGAGGAGGGGCGGGACUGGGUGGCGGCAGCGGAGACAGAGGAGCUGUGGAAGAGGAGGCGGCGGAGGAGGAGGGGGAGGAGCGGCGGCUGUCCUCUCAGGCGGCGGAAGUGAUGACGCCGAACGGCGGUGACGGCGCUACUGGAGGUUGGCGGAGCGCAAGGAGCCCGGCGGCGGCACUGCUGACGGUGACGACGGCGACAGACACUACUACCGCCAUCACCACACCGCCAUCGUCUCCGCGGACGCGGCGGCAACGCCAGCGGCAGCAGCAGCCGCCGCCGCAGCGGUCGACGCCGAAGCUAGCAGGAGGAGGUGCGGAAGAGAGCCCAUCCAGGAACGUUGCUGUGGGCGGGAGCGGCGGCGGCGGCGGCGGCGCUGAUGGUGAACUGGAUAGGCGGGGCCGCCGCAGCGGCGGUGAUGCCGCCGCUGCCGCCGGCACCUCUGGGCGGAAGCGGAGGGGUAAGUCGCAAGAACAGCCGACAUCGGCAUCAUCAUCACAGAGACAGAAGAUGAGUCGCGAAGGCGGCGGAGGCGGCAACCGCGGUCGUGGCCGUGGCGGGAAGGCGGUGCUGACGGACGACGACGACGACAGCGACGAGGAGGGGGAGGAGGAGGAGGGGGAGGAGGAGGAGGAGGAGGAGGAGGAACAAGAUUCUCAUGAUAGCGACGACGAUGAUGAUGACUAUGCACCGAGCGGGAAGGGGAGGGGGAGGAUGUGUGCGGGGCAACGGCGGCGACGUAGUGCUGGCGGCGGCGGAGGCGGCGGCGGCAGGAAGGCGGUGGCGGCGGCAGAACACCGCCAGCGGCAGCGGCAGUCUGCUCCGAGCACUCAGCGGAGAAGACCCGGGGCCGUCGGCGGUAACGGCGGCGGCGGCAGUGACGUGGCGGAGGAUGGCAGUGAGGAGGAGGGGGUGGUCUGGGUCCAGUGCGAACAGUGCCGCGUGUGGAGGCGGCUACCGAGCGGCACGUUGGCUCCUGAAGGUGAUGACCCAUGGUUCUGUCACAUGCAUCCGCUGCCCGAGACGGCUUCCUGUACGGCACCACGGGAGGAGUACGACUCCGAUGGCGAGUUUGCGAAUGCGCCGGGCUUUUUCCGUCCAGGCGACCAGGACACAGCAGGAGCUGGUGGGGAUGGGGGGGUGGGGGAACGUGUCCGUGUUUCGAAUGUGGAGUACUUCACGUCCACUCUCCGAGCGGCUGCAGCCGCCCUGGGUGUGGAUGCGGGCCGGGAGCUGGCGGGCAUGAAGGCGUUGAGCUGGUUGGUAGCCCAGGAGCCCGCAGCGCUGCACUCACAUGGCCCAGGAGUCGUGGUACCGACGGAGGUACGGCACACCAGCAUCGGGUACGACACUGUGUUCCGGAAGCUGGAUCUGGUGCCGGUUGGUGACAUUAACGGAGGCGGCGGAAGCUGCCGACGUGGCCGCGGCGGCGGCCGAAGGGCCGGCGGCGGCCGUGGUGGCGGCAGCAGCGCGUCGAGUUUCACGCAGCACAGGUGGCGUACGGCGCCGUACAUGGUACGACUCUUGCUGGACAUCAAGGCUCUGGCGGCGGCGCUGGCGGCACUGCGCUCCCGCCCGGAUGGGCCAAUCCGUUUCUACCUGUCGGCCGCCACACUUGUCGUACUCCCCGCCACGCUCAUUGACCACUGGCUCCAACAGAUCCGGACCCACGUCGCUCGCGGCGCCCUGCGCGUGUGUGUUUUGGACCGCCUGGACCCCCGAGCUGCCCCCUCACCCGCGUCGCUGGCCUGGGAGUACGACAUCGUCAUAACCACCUUUAACCGCCUCAGCUUUGGGAAACCAAACCACCGUACAUCGGUUCUGGCUGCGGGCGGUGGAUCCGGAAGUCAUGGCGGCUGGUCGCAAGUGCUAUCGCAGAUUCAUUGGCUCCGUGUCAUCCUCGACGAGGGCCACCUUCUGGGCGCCUCCACCGCCAUCACCAACAAGCUGCAGGCCGCAUGUGCGCUGCUGGCGGAGAGGCGCUGGGUCAUGACAGGCACCCCCACCCCCGCCACCCACGGCAGCAGCGCCGCGCACCUGCAACCGCUGCUCGCCUUCCUACACCAUGAGCCGUACGGCACAAACGCAGCCACGUGGCAGGCUGCCGUACAACGACCCUUGGAUGCAUGCCGACCCGAAGGUCGUCGCCGCCUGAUGCGGCUGCUGCGGGAAAUCAUGAUACGGGCCAGUAAAGCGGAUCUGGUGCUGCUGCCGCGACUUGUACGGAAAGUGACCCUGCUGGACUUUGAGCCGCAGCAUGCCAAGUCGUACAAUGAAUUGGUGGAGGUUGUUCGUCGCAACCUGCUCACCAGCGACUGGUGCGACGAGGCGCACACGGAGAGCCUGCUCAGUCCGGGGCAGGGCCGCUGGAGCCGACAGAUGAUGAACAACGUGUGGCUGAGCUGCUGCGUGGCAGGCUCCACCAACAACGUCGUGAAGGAGGAGGACCUCUUGGAGACGUUGCAGCUGCUCUGUGAGCGACUGGGACUGCCCGCACCCCCCGGGGCGCCGCAACAGCCGCCGCUGUCUGGUUCAGGGGGGGGGAGCCGGGCGGCAGCUGGGGGGCCUGGGAGCGCGUCCGUGUCAGUGGGAGGUGUUUUGUCGCUGGGUCCCCCCUGGCUGCCCGGGGAUCACCCACUGAAGAGGGUGGAGGAGGGGCUGCGGUACGGCACUGAGUGUCAGGUGUGCGGUGAGUUCGUACGGCAGCCCAUGGUGACCCCAUGCGGCCAUCUGGCUUGCCUGGACUGUACGGCAUCGGACCGGGAGAGGUGUCCGCUACCUUCAUGCCGUACUCCGUACUUGAUGCAGGCGGUGGAUGACGCAGCUCGUAAGAAACACAACAAGAAUCCAAAAUGGCCGGUACCCCAGGAGCUGAUCGAGUGGCAGCCCGUGUAUCACCAGCAGAACGCAGUGGGCGAGUGGGGGGAGGGGCGGGAAAUGGGCCGGUGUAGAAGUGGUGGCACGUGGUCGGCCACGUGGCAGCUCACCACCUCCUCAAAAGUACGACACAUGCUCAAACGACUGAGGGAAGUAGGGGCGGCACCACCGCCACCGUUACCACCACAGCUACAGCCACCUGCAGCAGUAGCGGCAGCUGCAGCUGCAGCGGGAGAUCACCUUCCGGAGGUACCGCAGCGGCUACUGCUGCAACAGCGGCCGCCACCUCCACCGCCACCGCUACCUCCGCCGCCAUCAUCACCCUCGUGUUCCCGGCAGCCGCAUCUAGGACAGUCGGAGCCCGGGUCACCGCCGCCACCGCCACAGCCGCAGCAGCCGGCGAUGGCCCCAGCAGCAGCGCCAGCAGUAGCAGCAGUAGCCGGGGUGGAUGCUGGCGGGGGCCCAGCGGAGGUGGCUACCCCCGCCCCCACCCCCGCCACCCCCCUCAGGGAGCAGCUGGUCACCGGUGAAGACGUGGACGGAGGCGACGAAGGCGGCAGUGCAGGAGGAGGGCACCCGGACUGGAUGUCGGCGGGGGGGAGGCCGCCGGUGCCGCUGCUGGUGGCGCCAAUGUCCGGGGAGGCGGCGUUGACUGCACCGUCACGAGUAGUGGUGGUGGUGCCAGUGGUGGUGGUGGUGGUGGUAGCAGUGCAUCCGCAUCAGGGCCCAGUCAUCGGCAAGGAGAAGCGCGAGGAGGCCCUGUCCCGGUUCCAACACGACCCGCACUGCGGAGUGCUGGUCAUGGAUCAGCUGGGUGCCGUAGGUUUGGAUCUGUCGUUCGUGUCGUACGUCCUGCUGAUGGAGCCCCUGGAGGACGUGAGCUUGGAGCAGCAGGUGGUUAGUCGCGCUCACCGCAUGGGUGCCAGGCGGGCGGUGGAGGUGGAGACCCUGGUCAUGAGGGGCAGCGCGGAGGAGGUCCUGCUUAGGCAACUGGACGACCGGAGGAGGAGGAGGGACUGGACGACGCCGCGGACAGCGCAACAGCCACAGGUGCUGUGUCACAAGCUGCAGCAGCAGCAGCAGGAGGAGGAGGCGGAGGAGGUGGACUUGCUACACAACAAACAUUGCACCGGCGGCAGUGGUGGCGGCAGUGGCGACCGCGGCGGCGGGUGGUCCGAUGUGCGAUGUCCCGAUCGUGAGGGGGACCCGCGGGUCGCUGAGGACCUCGAGGGUACGGUGCAGGUGGACCGCCGUGCGCUGCGCAACCAGUUGUUCCUGCUGAUGCAGAAGGUGCGGCUGGGUGGGAGAAGAGGGGCGGGCAGCGGCGGCAACGGGGAUGGUGGCGGCGGCUGGAGUGGGGUUGGGGCCAGUCUUGUCAGCGGUAGCAGCGGUAGUGGCAGCGGGCUGCACAGGCUGCUGGUACAAGGCGGCCGCCGCGGCGAAGGAGCCGCCGCCGCCGCCGCCGCCGGCAGCAACAGCACCGGCGGCAGCGAUGCCAUUGGCCUUGAGGCCAUCAGCGCUGGAUCUAUCGCAACAGGCCGUAGCGCCGUCACUGCAGUUGCGGCGGCGGCUGUUAGCGCAGCGGACCCAGCGGCCGCCAGCACCACUGCAAGCGCCGCGAGCGCCUCAACCAUCACAACCACCACAACCGUUGCAAAUGCGGUUACUACUCACAUUGGCAAUGGGGUGAUGGCUGCACCUGGGGUGAAUGUGGCAGUGGCGGCGGCUGGCAGCGGGGGAGCAGGGCCAGUAGUGACCCAUGGGUUUGUUCAGCAGGAGGGGGUUGCGGAGGAGCAGAAGGCCCCCAAACGGCGCCGGGUGCGGUUCGCGGGGGAGGAGGGGGAAUGA